UAAAUUUAUAAUUUGGCCCCUCCCAUUGACAGUCCAUUACAAGAAGUCUACAACUCCAGGCAAGCAGUCUUGACUCUUGAGUUGUUUCAAAAACCCCAAACCCCUGCUCAACUCGCAACAUUCUAUAUUCUUAGGUAAAGAGAAAAUGGGGAAGAAAAAGGGAAAACACCAUUCCCAAGAUGAAGCUAAACAACAGCAAGAAGAGAACCCCUUUAAUGGUACCUCCAAGCUCAUCAAUGGCGACGUCGAACCUGAAGAAGAACCAAAGAGGAAGAAGAAGAAAAGGAAGAAAGACCAGCACCAAAAUACCCACCAAGAAAAAACCAUCCCCACCGUUAGCAUCGCCAUUCCUAGUACAAUCAUUGGAAACGCUCAAUCUCACGAACUCGCCACUCGGCUUGCCGGACAAAUUGCUCGAGCCGCCACGAUUUAUCGAAUCGAUGAGAUUGUGGUAUUUGACAAUAAUGGAAGUUCAAUGGAUGAUCCUACUACUGUGGGAACUUCAGAAGGAGAUAAAAGUAAUGCAGCGUUUUUUAUUAGAAUUUUAUGCUACCUCGAAACGCCACAGUAUCUUAGAAAGACUCUUUUUACAAGACAUAGUUGCUUAAGAUUUGUGGGCUUGUUACCACCACUUGAUGCGCCACAUCAUCUUCGCAAGCACGAAUGGGCUUCCUAUAGAGAAGGCGUGACUUUGGAAGAAAAAGCUCCAAACUCUGUUGGUACAUUGGUAGAUGUGGGUCUUGAUGAGAAUAUUGUCAUUGAUAAAGUUCUUGGACCUGGAAUAAGAGUCACCGUUGCCAUGGGGAAUGACCAUAAUUUGAGUACUGGGACAUUACACCAGGUUGUCCAAUCUACUACUCCUAGAGAAGAAGAGGGCAUGUACUGGGGAUAUAAAGUGCGAUAUGCUCCAAAUUUAAGCUCUGUUAUUGAAAACUGCUCAUUUGAGGGUGGUUAUGACUAUGUGAUUGGAACUUCAGAGCAUGGCCAAGUUGUCAAGUCAUCUGAGCUUUGUAUACCUGAGUUUAGGCACCUUUUGAUCACAUUUGGUGGCCUCGCUGGUUUGGAAGAAUGCAUUGACAAGGACAAGAAAUUAAAGGGAAAAGAUGCACAAGAGGUCUUCCAUUCAUAUCUGAAUUUAUGCCCCCAUCAAGGGAGCCGUACAAUUAGAUCAGAGGAAGCAGUAUUUAUAGCACUUCAAUAUUUUCAAGAACCAAUUGACCGGGCGUUGCAGAAAAGCUAAGGUCUGAAGUGAGCUUUGUAUUGAACUUUGCUUGUAUCCGGUCUUUUGCUGAAGAAGCUAGGGGAGCCAGGCUGAAACACUUAACACAGUGCGGCUUGUUUGGGGUUAAAGUAGGAAACAUCUUGGUAAACUGACGGUUUUUUUUUGUAUAUUCAUCAAUAUCAGGCUUUUCUGAUUUCCCAUAUUUCAGAUUUUGAGUUAUACUUUGAGAUGACACUUGUAACGAUGUAUUGUAUCUGCAACAUAAUCUAGGUGGACAUCAUUUACGGUCAACAUAAUGGAUCUUAAGGUUUCAACUUAUUGCAGUGUUGCAGGCUUGCAGCUACCUUCUUUCUUCGUA